CUACUGACCUAUGACCUUUUCUUCCCGCCAAACGUGAAAUCGCCGGCAAGAUGGCAGAGAAAAUUGAAGACCUGAACCUGCCGAAUGCUGUCAUCACAAGAAUAAUAAAAGAUGCGUUACCUGAGGGAGUGAAUGUAUCGAAGGAGGCCCGCAGUGCGAUCUCCCGCGCUGCCAGCGUGUUUGUGUUGUACGCUACAUCAUGUGCUAACAACUUUGCCCUGAAGGGAAAGAGGAAGACACUGAACGGGACUGAUGUGAUCGCUGCAGUCCAAGAGAUGGAAUUUGAACAGUUCCUGGACCAGUUAAAAGACAGUUGGGAAGCUUUCAAGAAAGAACAAAAGGACAAGAAAGAUGCGGCAGAAAAACGGAAAAAGACGAAGGAAGGUGAGAAGGCCGAGGGCAGCAGCACUGGUCAGCCAUCACAGGACGAGGUAAACACAAGCACAGAGGCUGCUGGGAACACGGACAGCAUGGAACAGGGUGAAGACAAGGACGAUGACCAAGAAAUGUAGACAUUUUAUUUACUACUAGUACAGUUGUCAUGACUUAUCAGAGUUUCUUACAUUUUGUAUGUGUUUAUAUUACAAUAAGGACAGAAAAAAGUUGAAAAAUGUAAUAGUCAGUAUUCACCUUGUAGUAGCUUGUUGUGCCACCUACUUUGUAAUAAAUAGUUAUCAAAGAGUAACCUGACAGUGUGAUUUGUAAGAAUGGAAGAGCAUCACAAGUUAUAUUGUGUAUUGCCCUUCUUACUACUCUAGAAAACAUUAAAUCCAGGAAUUAUGAAAUCAAAACUGUCAUAGAAAUAGAGGUGUCUUUUUCUGAAGAGUUUUACAAACUUGAUAUAAAUUCUAUAGUACAGCGUUAUAUCCAUUCACUCCAGUACAAUUCCUGAUACAGUAAUACGGACAUUGAUACAUACAAGUAUUAUGUAUUUCUACUGAUAAGUUUGUAUAGCAGACAUAUGUACAUGUACAGAGCACUGCCUGAUGAAAUAUUUGUGAUCCUGUGCUUUUAUCAAUAAAGCAUUGUUUCUAUCA